UCCAAAAAAUUCUUAACUUCGCCGCUAGAGUUAUUUUCGGCCGCCGUAAAUUUGACCAUGUCUCCGACCUGCGAACAAAACUCGGGUGGUUGUCCCCGCGCGGUAUGUCCGAUUUCCACACCCUUGUCAUCGCACACAAGGUCAUACAGCGUCGUGAACCUGAGCAACUAGCAGCCCUGUUCGUCGCUAAUAGCGCUAUCCGCGAGAGACCAUCCAGACAAGAUCACUUCUUCCAUCUUCCCCGUCCACGGCUGGAAACGGGCAAGCGGCGGUUUGGCUAUCGAGCUGCAGCUCUGCUGAACAGCCUGCCACCUCACCUGUCGCAGCUGCCUCCCGCCCGCUUCGCCCGCGCUGUUAAAGCCGCAAUCGUGGACGAUGAAUCAGCACAUCGUCGCUGACCAAUAGGAUAGGGCAUUGGCCAUGAUGAAGCUGCUGGCAGCAUUGCUGUGGCUGGCAGCAGCUGUUCAGUGUGAGGAGCUGCAAGAAUCCCUAGACCACACCACUGUGCUUGCCAAGCAUGGAGAAGUAUUCAGCAUUAUACUGAACUCCAGUCUUCUCUCUGGGGCUGCUGAUAACCGCGCGAACGACACGCUGCGGUUCUCGCCGAGUCUGCUCGGCGCGCCCGACCUGCCCGACUGGCUGUCAUACGGUUACAGCGAGCAGCUGCGCUGCGGCGUGGUGUACGGAGUGCCGCCCCCGCACCUGGACGAGUUCAGGUUGGAGAUUAUCGUGACCAAUCUCCGCACGUACCAGACCUCGCGGCGGGAGGUGCACGUGCUGGUGUCAGACAGCGCCGAGUCGCUGCGUCACGAGGUGCAGCUGAAAAUCAACAACAUGGACCCGGUGGACCUGCUGUUCGACUCGAGCGGCGGAUCCUCGAGCCGCAAACAACCGAGAAACGCAUCCAACAUUGAGAAACUACAGGAGAUAUUUCAACAGGUGCUGUGGCCGGCGGCCGGUGCCGACGUGCGUCUGACCUGGCUGUCGGUGGCUGACCCGGGCCCGGUGGCUCCCCGGCCGGGCGCCCACCUGGGUACACUGCUGCGACUGGCCAGCGGCGCGCCCUUCUCACCCCAGCUGCGGUUCCUGCAGCAGGAGGUGCGCCCGCUCUGGGCACGCGUGCCCUGCCCCAGAAAUUUCAAACGCAGCAAGUUUGAGAGGCACUUCCGCGAGCGGGAUUUUAAGAUGGACUGGUGCCAGUUUAAGUUGUUUGAGAGCGGCGAGCUGGCUCUGCUGGUGGACGAGCCGGCCCCGACCGCCGCGCCGCCGCCUCCCCCGCCCUCCCUGGCCGACGUGCUGCCUCUGCCGGCGCGCGUGGCGGUGCCGGCGCGCAGCUACGUGUCCGACUUUCUGACCACCAUCGGCAUCCCGCUGCUGGUGGCGCUGCUUCUCUGUGCCACACUGACGUGCAUCAUGUGCUGCCAGGGAGAGCACCUACGCCGUCCUGCCGAGAUUCAGAUGGUGCAGUACCCGGGCGGCUCGAGCUCUCUGCCGCGCGGCGUCUCUCUGCCGCGCUCCCAGACGAGCACGCUGCGCCGCGCCGCACUGAGAGACGUCUCCCCGCGACUGGCCGAGCAGAGCGAGUACGAGCCGUCCUCGCGCCGCGAGGCCAGUCUGCUGAGGGACGUGUCCCCGCGCCUGACUCCGUACAGGGAGCCGCUGUCUCCGGAGGACAGUGUGCCGGCUACACCGGACAGCGAGCGGCACGCGCAGCGACAGCCGCCGCCCUACCGCAGUCUGAGCCGCCGCUCCUGAGAUUCGGUGGCGGGGGAGGAUUCAGACCAGCCGGCCGUGUGGCUGAUCUGAGACCAACCCCGCCCAACUCAGACAAAGGACGUGUCCAUGUCACGUCGCCACGUCACGUCAGCGCACGCCGCCACGUCAGAACGUCAGGUGGGCGUCCGAUUCGGACUGACCCACCGCGGGGAGCCCAGUGAAAGAUGUAGUGUGAGUGGCUGGUGGGCGCAGUCGAGCGAUCAAGCUACAUGGGUUCGUGGUCCGUUGUCACCGAAACCGACUCAGAUGAAGGUUUUUCGAAAGACUAGGCUAAGGGUUUAGUACCUUAGUCAUUCCUUGACAUCGAAUCCUUGCCUAAAAUGAGACGAGGCUGCUAAAAACAUCGCUAUGUCUCAAAUGUUCACACACAUAUCCUCUUCCAACGAUGCUUAUAACUGAGUGCGCAGCUAUGCCUUUGGAUUUUGUGUCAAGGACGACCUUGUUUAUAAUCAUCUGGAAAAGUUUCAAUGCUUUGUAGUGGCUCCGACAUCAGGCAGCAGUUUGAACAAAAGAUCAAAGGUGGAGGGCCGGGCCUGGAGUGGCGUAGGAGCACGAGCCAGCUUUGUAGGGCUCUGCUCGAAGAUAAUGGGGAGUAAAUUAACUUCUCACAAUAGUUAUAGCGAUGUACGCUAUGAAUAGGUUAAUGAAUACUGCGCUACUACAGCCAGACUGCGAGCUUAUCAAUAACCUUGACUGAUCUUUUUCGACUUUGAAGAAAGAUGCCAAAAAGUAACGUGGAAGGUCGGAUUGUCUGUCACAUUGUUUUUGUGCACGUCUACAGCUUUUCCGAUCCCUGAGCAAACGCUCAGAGAACAGAUAAUGCUCAAAAUUUGACCCGUACGAUUGUAAUUCGAUAGAACUGGCGCUCAGUUCACAACUCUUGACUCAAAAAUGGAUGUAUUGUCCUUGCAAUGACAGACUGAAGGACUUGUUAGCGUCCUUGUCCCCUAGCCAUGGCAGUGAUGCACAUCAAUACAGGGUCAAAGUGGCAGUGUCAGCGACCUCAUGCGUCUAUUGCCUCUCAACUCGUAUCCGUUGAUGGUCGUGCGACCAGGCUGCUGACGCACACUGGUAACUCUUUCCCGAGUCUAUCGGCCUACUGCGUCUCCGUGUAUGUGUAGACGGCCGUCUGCUGGCUGGGCUGGCAUCCAUUCAGACUUAUAUCCUUUUGUAGCUCCCAGUUAGCCUCAUGCUAACCUUGUCAGAUGUCGUGAUCUUCCUAGCACUCUUGUAUCGCUCGUGAGUCCCUACCCUCCCCAUGUUGGCACUUAUAGCUGCGCUCCCGAUAGCCGGGGUCGCGCUUGCUACUCGUCGACGCACUACCCUACUUGUGAUUCGAUGUUGUUUGUGCCCUGUUGUAAGAGCUUAGAACUAGUCAGUGGCUUGUACUAACUUCUAGUCAAUGAAGGAAGAGACACAUCGAUUUACAGUUAAUUGUCUCAGUAAAUGCGGUAGGAUCGUGGCGUUAAUUCGAGUGUAGUGUAUGAUCGAGUGAUGAGUCGUGUUGGCGUGUUCAGUGAUUUAGUCCCGGAACUAAACCAUUUACGAGCUUGCCUCUGUUGUUCGUAUUUGUCCGCUUAUUGGCGUUAAUCAGACCCAUAACAGUAGAGCACCAGUCGUAUACCCGACCUCAGAACACUGAUGUGUUCUCUGUCAAUCGUGAUGUAUCCUUCCAAACUGCGGUAGAUAAUACUCAGCCGACUAUUGGCCCUGCGUACGUACUUACAUACAUAUACAGGCCCAACUGUCCCUGGCCCCUGCUCUAGAUAUGGUUACACCAGCAACAUUAAGGUGACAGGCUAGCACAUGGUCACAUCUGCUCUGUUGUAUCCCCCAGUAUCUCGCGCUGCGCCCCGCAGCCUUCCAUGUGUUAUCCCGUGUCGCGUGUUUGCCGUCACGCGGACCGGUAAUAGAAUUAUUGGUCUUCUUUGUCGCUGGACGUCGGUAGAUUUCUGCAUAUGUGGGCUACGGGCCGACGUGUGUACUGGGUACUGGGUAGCCAGUCGCAAUGGAAACUAAUAAUGGUUCUGGUGGCAGUGACACAAUUUCUGUGUUCUCAGUAUCAUAGUCGUUUGUUCUUUAUUUCAGUUAUUAGUCACCUGAGGCGUUUUUAUGAAAUGUGUUCUCAUAACAUGUUUGAUGUGAUAUGCUUGAACCUAACUCGUUUGCUAUAGGUGACAUACACCUGCUAAAAAUCAGAACUCAUCCGGUUGAUGCUGAUAUGGCUGAACAGAACUACAUCGUUAUUGUAUUUUGUGUAAUAGAAUCUCGGUGUCCUGGUUUUGCGGCCACACACAGUCAUGUUUUCUAGUCAUACGAGUGAUUAGCGACAUUGAUCUUUCGAUAUUUUUGCGGUUUUUCUCUCUUAUCGCUGCUAUUUAUGUGUAGCAGUUUUUCAUGCGUUAAAUCGGGUAGCAACGGUAACGUUUUCUCAGAGCGGCCUGGCCGGGCCACCUGAGACAGUGCGGCGGUGUGCAGACAUGAAAAACGUCUUCCGUGUUUAUUGGUGAGCUGUGUCCCUGCGUGUACUCAACCGAUGCUAGUCGCCCCUGUGUGGGAUAAUACAUACCUGUGUGAUCAA